AGCGCAUGCGUAUAAACGCUUCCGGACGGCAACAAAACAUCCGCAUUCCAAGGUUGUUUACAAUAACAACGUAAUGGUCUUUCACUGCGUUGUUUACCAGUGUUCUAAUCGCCAAGGCGAGAAAGCAAAGGGCAAGGGCAUAAGUUUUUUCAGAUUUCCAAAAGGCAGUAAGAAGAGGAAGGCAUGGAUUCGUGCGAUUAACAGAGAUGACUGGGCACCGAACGAAUAUAGUCGAAUCUGCUCUGAACAUUUCGUAGGGGGGUGGCACAGCGACGAGGUGGAGGAUGAGAACUAUAGACCUACAAUUUUCACCUACAAGGAAAAACCGCAAACUGACUCUGACGUAGCUAGGGAAGAGAGAAAAUGCAGAAGAAAUUUGCAGCAGGAAAUUAAUGAAGCAGAAGCUAGGGACAGAUGUUUAAUGCAGCGGCACCAUGAAUUUAGCUUAUACACCCACAGCUAUUGCUGUUUGCAACCCCCAGAUUCAGACUCUCAGGAUAUGAACAACAACAGCACCUUCGUACCAGAUGAGACAUUGAAAUUAGAUGACAUUGACAUAAAAACCUUUAAUGAUAAAGGUGUACAAUGUGACCCUGACCCUCUAUUGGAGGAGAACCUUGCCCUGAGGAAAGAGUUGGAGGACCUCAAGGGAGAACGUGAUCGGCACAAAUGGAGUGCAGAGAAGAUAGCCAAUGAUGAUGGAAAGACCAAGUAUUACACUGGGCUACCUUCCUUUGCAGUGUUCACCUGGCUUUUCAAUUUCCUGAGACCUAAGGCAGAGAGAAUGAGGUAUUGGGUUGGUUCCAACACAGACCAGGAUUCAGACAGACAGAGAGUAUCAACAGGCUCAUUGGGAUUGAUUGACCAGUUAUUUGCUGUACUCAUCAGAUUAAGACUCGGACUCUUCACAUCAGACUUAGCUUACAGAUUUUGUAUUUCAGAGAGUACUUUUUCGAAAUACUUUUCCACCUGGAUUUCUUUACUCUCCUGUGAACUUAAGUCUCUCAAUCCAUUUCCGACUCGAGAUAUUAUUGAUAGAACCAUGCCAUUAUCUUUCAAAGCUAAGUAUUCUUCUGUUAGAGUUAUACUUGACUGUACAGAGCUUUUUAUACAGAGGUCUUCAAAUCUUGAAAAUCAGAGUUUAACAUAUUCUAACUAUAAACACCAUACAACUGUGAAGUUUCUUGUUGGUAUUACACCAUCAGGUGUUAUUUCUUUUGUUUCUGUAGGCUGGCCAGGUAAGAUAUCAGACAGAGAACUGACAAUGAAUUCAGGUAUCUUAGAUUUAUUAGAUGAAAAUGACAGUGUCAUGGCUGACAAAGGCUUUACAAUAAGAGAUCUGUUGGAAAAAAAGAAAUGUAAAUUGAACAUUCCCCCAUUUAGAGGUGUUAGUCCACAGUUUUCACCAGAUGAGGUAUUUGAAACACAGGAGAUAGCUUCUUUAAGAAUUCAUGUGGAGAGGAGCAUAGGUAGAGUGAAAAAUUUUCACAUUUUAGAUGGUGUUAUGCCUCUAACCUUGAAACCACUUAUCACCAAGAUUUUUCAGGUCAUUUGUUGGCUUACAAAUCUGGAUGUUCCACUUGUUAAUAAUUAAUAUUUGUACAUGUAUUUAUUCCAAAUAUACAUUAUAGUGCAACACAUUUCAAAAUUGAUUAUUGUGAGUUAUCAAUAUCAAUACAUGUUUAAACUAGAUAUUUUUCUUACAUGCAAAUACCGGGUAUUAUAUUCUCAGCUUAUUUGAGGUCUUAUA